GUCAAAACAGCCACUGUCGUUCCUUCUCUUUCAAAUAAGAGAGAGAUACAUAGAAACAUGUUCCGCAACAGUUGAGCAGUUGCAUCCCCAUAACUUUCUUUUCUCAUUCCCCCGAUCACAGUCCUGUGAUCUCGUUUUCUCAUAAGGCAGCUUAAAGAAGAAGAAGAUCUAUUUGUACAAAACUGAAACGACACCUUCUACUGUCGUUUUAGUUGCAGCUCGAGAUCUGUGCUUCUUUCUUGGCUUCUGAGCUUUUGGCGGUGGUGGGUUUUCUAAGAAAAAAAAAUCAAAGUUGGGGUCUUUUUUUUUUAAAUAAGUAAAUACACUAAUUUAAUGGGAGUUAUCAGUACUGGGUAAAUUACAAGUAAUGAAGGAGUUGAAGGUUCGGGGAGACAACGAUUGCGAGCUUAUUUUGCUGAAAAAAUCCAGACUUGGUUGAUGUGUGUUCUGUUCUGUUCUGUCAGGAGAAGAAGGACUCUGUUUUUUUUUUCUCUCUCCAUUUCUUAGUGGUUUUGGGUUUGUCAAAAGAUUUAGUUUGGUGAAUGAGUGGGAGGUGGAGGGAAACAAGUUAAAGAAAGUUAAAUACUUUUUUGGUGUUUCCUUGUCAUAAUUACAUUUGGGCAUCUUGGAUCUUUGAAGAAACAUUUGAAUUUUUCUUUUCUUGCUGUUGUUUGCUUUUUAAGUUAUAUAUAUUAAAAAAAAAAAGAAGAUGAGAUUGUCUUCAGCUGGGUUUAAUCCUCAACCUCAUGAAGUUACAGGAGAGAAAAGAGUUCUUAAUUCAGAGCUCUGGCAUGCUUGUGCUGGUCCUCUUGUCUCACUACCUCCUCUUGGAAGCAGAGUUGUUUAUUUCCCUCAAGGCCACAGUGAACAGGUGGCUGCUUCAACCAAUAAGGAAGUGGAUUCUCAUACACCAAACUACCCUAGCUUGCAACCACAGCUUGUCUGUCAGCUUCACAAUGUCACAAUGCAUGCUGAUAUUGAAACUGAUGAAGUCUAUGCACAGAUGACUUUGCAGCCUUUGAAUGCGCAAGAGCAAAAAGAUCCUUACCUUCCGGCGGAUUUAGGUGUCCCAAGUAGACAACCUACAAACUAUUUCUGUAAAACUCUGACUGCUAGUGAUACCAGCACUCAUGGUGGUUUCUCUGUGCCUCGCCGAGCUGCUGAGAAAGUUUUCCCUCCCUUGGAUUACACACAGCAGCCUCCAGCUCAAGAGUUGAUGGCUAGAGAUUUGCAUGAUAAUGAAUGGAAGUUCAGACAUAUUUUCCGAGGCCAACCCAAGAGACAUCUUCUUACUACUGGUUGGAGCGUAUUUGUGAGUGCUAAAAGGCUUGUCGCUGGUGACUCUGUGCUUUUCAUCUGGAACGAUAAGAAUCAGUUACUUCUUGGUAUAAGACGAGCCAACAGGCCACAAACUGUCAUGCCUUCAUCUGUUUUAUCAAGUGACAGUAUGCAUUUAGGCCUUCUUGCUGCUGCAGCUCAUGCAGCUGCAACAAACAGUCGCUUCACCAUCUUCUAUAACCCAAGGGCAUGUCCAUCAGAGUUUGUAAUACCUCUAGCUAAGUACGUGAAAGCUGUUUAUCACACUCGUGUCUCUGUUGGUAUGAGGUUUAGGAUGCUGUUUGAAACGGAGGAAUCAAGUGUUCGUCGGUACAUGGGUACAAUAACUGGCAUUUGUGAUCUAGAUCCUGCUCGUUGGGCUAAUUCUCAUUGGCGGUCCGUCAAGGUUGGAUGGGAUGAGUCAACUGCAGGAGAUAGGCAACCGAGGGUUUCCUUGUGGGAGAUUGAGCCUUUAACGACAUUCCCUAUGUAUCCUUCUCCUUUUCCUCUCAGGCUUAAACGUCCAUGGCCUCCUGGUCUCCCAUCUUUUCAUGGUCUUAAAGAAGAUGAUAUGGGUAUGGGUAUGAGUAUGAGUUCGCCGCUUAUGUGGGAUCGAGGACUUCAGGCUAUGAACUUUCAAGGUAUGGGAGUAAACCCUUGGAUGCAGCCGAGGCUUGAUGCUUCUGGAUUGCUUGGUAUGCAAAGCGACGUUUACCAAGCAAUGGCUGCAGCUGCACUUCAAGACAUGAGAGGCAUUGAUCCUGCUAAAGCUGCUGCGUCUCUUCUUCAGUUUCAAAGUCCCUCAGGUUUCUCAAUGCAGUCCCCUUCCUUAGUGCAGCCACAGAUGCUGCAGCAGCAACUCUCUCAGCAGCAUCAGCAACAACUCUCUCAGCAACAGCAUCAUCAACUCUCUCAGCAGCAGCAUCAACAACUCUCUCAGCAACAGCAGCAGCAACAACAACAACUCUCUCAGCAGCAGCAGCAAGUGGUGGAUAAUCAUAAUCUGUCUGCUUCCAGUGCUGCUGUUGUUUCUGCUAUGUCUCAGUUUGGUUCUGCUUCUCAGUCAAACACGUCUCUACUCCAAUCCAUGAAUUCUCUAUGUCAUCAACAAAGCUUCUCAGAGACAAACGGUGGAAACAAUCCCAUCACUCCUCUCCAAACUCUUCUCAGCAACUUCUCUCAAGACGAGUCUUCUCAACUGCUCAACCUCACUAGACCAAACUCUGCAAUGACUUCUUCCGGUUGGCCAUCAAAACGUCCUGCAAUUGAUUCAUCUUUCCAGCACUCUGGAGCCGGUAACAGCAACAGCAACACUCAAUCCGUAAUGGAGCAAUUGGGACAGUCCCACACAAGCAACGUUCCUUCAAAUGCUGUCUCGUUGCCUCCAUUCCCCGGUGGUAAAGAGUGCUCAAUAGAGCAAGAAGAGAACCCUUCAGACCCGCACAGCCAUCUUCUCUUUGGAGUCAACAUUGAUUCAUUGAUGCCAAACGGAAUGUCAAACCUUAGAAGCAUUGGCAUUGAAGGCGGCGACUCCACCACUCUACCCUUCACAUCAUCUAAUUACAACAACGAUUUCUCUGGCAAUCUUGCAAUUACAACACCUUCUAGUUGUAUAGAGGAACCAGGUUUUCUGCAGUCCUCAGAAAACAUCAGUUCUGAGGACCAAUUUGUGAAGGUGUACAAGUCAGGUUCUUUUGGAAGAUCAUUAGAUAUAUCAAAGUUCAGCAGCUACAACGAGCUGCGAAGCGAGCUUGCUCGCAUGUUUGGCCUUGAAGGCCAAUUAGAAGAUCCUGUGAGAUCAGGCUGGCAGCUUGUAUUUGUUGACCGAGAGAACGAUGUUCUUCUCCUCGGCGAUGACCCUUGGCCGGAGUUUGUGAGCAGUGUGUGGUGCAUUAAGAUACUCUCACCACAAGAAAUGCAGCAAAUGGGUAAAAGAGGCCUUGAGCUUCUCAACUCAGCUCCAUCCUCCAACAACGUCGAUAAGGUCCCGAGCAACGGGAACUGUGAUGACUUUGGGAACCGGUCAGACCCGAGGAGUCUCGGUAACGGUAUUGCAUCAGUUGGGGGUUCGUUCAACUACUAGAUAAGUAGAAAGAAAACCCUUUUUCUUGGUGCUCAAGUUAUUAAGCUUUUUUUUUUAUCUUACUUUAAUUACUAGCUUAAUCUCUCUUUAUUAAUUAUAUAAAAAGGAAGCUUUGUGUUUGUCUUUGUGGAAACAGAAAACUAUAUAUCUGUUGUAAUACUGUAAUUAUAAGAUCUUUUGGUCUUUUUUUUUACUUAUAUGAAUAUUUUUACUGAACUUUUGUUAUGUCAUUUUCUUUGGUCACCACUUCUUCAAUCAACGUGAUGGUGAAGUGUUGUAUUGGAGCU